AUGGGCGAAACUGCAGGUUCGGGAUCUUCCAAAUCAAUCAAGACAAAGAUACCUCGUACAAGCACAAGUAAAGUCCGAACAGGUUGCAUUACCUGCAAAAGGCGACACGUCAAAUGCGACGAGACAAAGCCGCAAUGCGGCAAUUGCGUCAGGAACGGCCGAAAGUGUGAAGGGUAUUUGAUCGUUGACAAAAAGCCGAGUACCUCUCCUGUUCACAUAAAAUGGGAUUCGAAGCAAAUCACUCGAGCGGCACCUCCAAUAACGCAACUACAUCUUGUUCAUGACUCACUGGAUUUUAAAGAUUCCCUGGGAAUCCUCUAUUUCGAUGAGUUCGUGCAUAUCGUUCAAAGUCCUUGGAUAGCCGCGGGGUUCAGCAAUGAUCUUUGGGCUGUGACUCUACCUCAGGUUGCUCGUACCAACAGCACAGUACGGCACGCCGCCAUCGCAAUUGGGGCCCUGAGUAAAUGGUACGGUAAAUCAAACCACAGUGAUACCGACAGUCUGCAAAUGGUCGAGGAUGAGGCUGCACGAAAAGAUAGAGACUACCUCAAUGCAGUGGCUCACUAUUGCCAUGCUAUGAAGCUACAAAGCCAGCAGGCUUCUAUGCAAGAUGCAGUCUUCCUCUCAAUUCUCUUCUUAUGCUUCGAAACGCUCAGGGGGAACAGAAAGGCUGCUUUGGAUCACAUCAACCAUGGCCUCGCCAUGCUGCUGGCUUUGUUGACCGACACAGACUCACGCCAAAUGACAUCCGUGGCCCCAAACCCGAAGCCACUCAUCGCAGCUGUGGCAGACAUCUUCUCUCAUCUCCUCCCACAAACACGAGUGAUCCUGCGCGGUAAUAUCGGUCGCAGUCCAGCAGUCCCGAACUUUACCAGAGGGUUACGGGCUAAGAAGCAAACAGUCGAGACUUUCAUGACACUAAUCACCAAGCUACCUCGGUCAUAUCCACCGAUCAGACAGCUACCAGCUGUUCUCGAAAGCUUGGAUGAUUUCGAGAAAUACUGGAUAAGUGGCCAAAGCACCCGCCUCUCGAUCGGCCCCAUCCUGAUGGAAGCUGUACAAGAAUCUGUAGUUUUGAGCUCAGCUGAUCCGUAUAGUGUCUCGGAACUUUGGAAGCAAAUUGCCUCUGAUCCCCGCAUCAAAGAAAUCUGCGAGGCUUCCACAAAAGAACUGCAGGCUUUGGAAGCCGCUUUCAUGCCAGUGUUUAACCGUGCCAUUAUGUCCGAUUCAGCCUCAACAGACUACAUCAGAGCAAUUCAUCUUCGCUUGCAUUAUCUGGGCACCUGUACAUUCGACGACCUUACGCAUUUUUACGACGUUGAACCAGUAGUUGCAAAGACGCAUCUCUUCCGCGAGUACAUCUCUCUCGCAGACAUAAGCCUCCGUACCGCCAAGCGAGACCUGAAGAAUCCAGCACAGCGGCUGUCACUGCAGUGCAAUUUAUCGGCACACCUUUUUCUCAUUUCGCUGUACUGCCGCGACCCAUUACUUCGCGACGAAGCCACGUGGAUGCUUAAGGACUACCGAGGUCAAGACGGAAUCUGGAACGCCCGCUCGUUGUACUUACUAGCCCUGAGAAACAGAACCGUGGAACGAAUCAACGCAUCCGAGGGCACAGCCCUAGAGCAGUGGCACCGCCUUCUACGUAGGGAGUACCUGUUUGAAGAAGGCGGUGACCGAGUCAUUCUGUGCUAUUUGGAUAAAGAUACGGGCACUGGGGAGUGGCAGCUCGUGGAAGAGACAGCCGAAGUCAAAGGAGACCUUGAAGCUGUACAAUGGCAAAGGCGACCGCUCUCGGCAGGUGGGAAACCACUUCUGGGGGAUGUGAUGGCUCUUUGGCCAGAAUUGGUGGGGUAA